AUGUUCCAUUCAAGGGCACUCCUUUUCUCCUGGCUCGCGGGCUUUACCGCGGCCAAGGAUAUUCAUCUCGAUUGGAACAUCACUUGGGUGUGGGCAGCACCCGACGGCUUUGGCCGUCCCAUGAUCGGGAUUAAUGACGAGUGGCCAUGCCCGAUUGUCAAUGCCGACCUGGGCGAUAGACUCAUUGUCGAUGUUCACAAUGGACUGGGGAAUCAGUCGACAGGAAUCCAUUGGCAUGGCUUUCAUCAAUACAUGACAGGAACGAUGGAUGGCUCGAACCAGGUGACGCAGUGUGCCUUGCCUCCGGGGAGCAGCAUGCGCUAUGAAUUCGAGGUCAAUCAAACCGGUACUUAUUGGUAUCACUCGCACGAAAUGGGCCAGUAUCCUGAUGGGCUCCGCGGCCCAUUCAUCGUCCGGGAUCCCUCGCCUCCAUUUGCGUACGACGACGAGUUUACCCUCACGCUGACCGACCAUUACCACGAGCAAAUGCCUGUUCUUCUGCAGCAGUACGAGGCUGACAGCGUAGGCGCCCAGGCCGGUGUGAAUGAACCCUUGCCAGCGGCAGCCCUGAUCAACGAGGGAGUCGACUCCACCAAGCUCCGUGUAGAGCCCAAUAAGACGUAUCUUAUCCAUUUGGUCUGUGUGGGCAACUGGCCCGGCCACGUUAUUGUGUUUGAUGGCCACGAGAUCAGCGUCGUUGAGGUCGACGGCGUCUGGGUGGACACCUAUCCGACUGGAGACAAGAAAAUUCGCCUUGCCACGGGCCAACGCAUGAGCAUCCUUCUCAAAACCAAGGACAACGCCGAUGCCAACUAUGCCAUCUGGGACUCGAUGGACGUCAACAUGAUGUUCUUCUACGAGAAUCGAUCUAUCCCCGACGGAUUCAACCCCAAUGCGACGGCAUGGCUGGUCUACGACGAAGCAAAGGAGCUUCCUCCACCGCCCGACGUCCACGAACUCGACCCGAACAACGACUUUGUCGACGAUCUCGUCUUCGUGCCUGCGAAUCACGAGCCCCUCCUCGAGAAAGUCGAUCGCCAGAUCAUCUUGAACACCGGCGUGACUCAACGCGACGGCCGCAGCGUGUUCGCCAUCAAUGGCCAGACAUAUGUGGAUCCGGGGGAACCCACAAUGUACACUGCGCUGGCAGCAAGCCCAGAGACCUCUACCGAUGAGUCGAUAUACGGACAGGUGAACCCCUUCGUGGUCCAAUAUGGCGAGGUCGUGGAGAUCGUCAUCAAUAACCACCACGGCAACCUGCACCCCUGGCACUUGCACGGCCAUCAGUUCCAGGUCCUGCAGCGCACGUACCCCGAGGGCGGGUACUUUGAUGGCUACUUUGCAAACAUCUCUUCGACGCCUGUGAAACGGGAUACCAUCAUGGGCUUGACGGGCACCAUUAUCGAGGCCCCGGCGCAGCUGCAUGAUAUCUCAGUACCGUUGGACCAUCAGAAAAUCUGUCCCAGCUAUGGCACACCCGCGGGUGACAACACCCCUCCAAAUGAUGCGCCUCCUGCGGAUGACACAAACAAGCCCAUAUCUCCUGCUCAGGAUACUCCCCAAGCUGGCGGCUCACCAGGCUCAGCUCCUGCUCAGUAUACCCCUCAGCCUGGGGGUAACUCGGGGCCAUCUGCUCUCCCUCAGUAUACUCCCCAACCUAGCGGCGCACCAAGCUCAGCUCCUGCUCAGUAUAUUCCUCAACCUGAGGGUCCUCCAGGCUCACCUCCUGCUCAGUAUACCCCUCAGCCUUGGGGUAACCAAGGUCCACCCCCCCCGGCUCAGUAUACUCCUCAGCCGUGGAGUCCACCCAGCAACGCCGCGCCACCAGCCAACAACUACCCCCCUGCCUACGCACAGGGCUAUCCCGCUGGCUACGUUCCUGUUGCGCCUGGGCCCAUAAUCAUCGACUCGGAAUUCCACUCCGGUGGCAAGUCUAGUCACGUUGAAUCAUCUGGUGUGAAGACCGGCCAUGAUGGAGAAGCCCGUCAUGGCAAACAGUGA